GUAAACGGUGCUGCUCUCGUCUGCUAAGUGAGGAGCACAACCCCGCAAGGCAACUGCAGUCAAUACCAAAAAUUGCAUACGGUACAAGCAAGAUGUCGACAGUUAAACAAACGCCGCUUCCCACACCUUUAAAGGGGAAGGCAGAUUGGAGGGAGUACAAAGCGUUCCGGUUAGAGAAUGGGGUCACGUGUCUGGCAAUUAACGACAAGGAGAGCAAGACGACUGCCAUGUCAUGUAUAGUGGAGGUCGGUGCAUCUUCCGAUCCUAGAGAGUUGAGCGGACUCGCUCAUUUUUGCGAACAUAUGUGUUUUCUGGGUUCAGAAAAGUACCCGGGCGAAAACCAGUAUAAACGCUACCUAUCCUCACACGGCGGCCGUUCGAAUGCGAGUACAUCCAUGCAUCUCACAAACUUCAAGUUCGAAGUCCUCGCAGACCAUGCCGAAAAGGCUGUCGAUAUCUUUAGCAACUUUUUCGUGUCGCCACUGUUCACAUCGUCUGGUACAAGCCGAGAAGUGCAGGCGGUUUCAUCGGAAAAUUCAAAGAAUCUGACAGCAGACGGACGCCGCCGUUUGCAAAUACUCAAGGACUUGGCGGAUCAAGAUCACUACUAUUCCAAGUUUUCGACCGGAAAUUCAGAGACUCUUCCGUCUGACAGUCCCGAAAAACUUGAAUGGCUUCGUGAAGCCUUGUUGGCCUUUCAUCGAAGGCAUUACCGUCCCGAGAAGAUGACGGUAGUGAUUGCGGGUCCCCAGCCCAUGGAAACACUGGAAAAAUGGGUUGGAGAGCGCUAUUCGAAGAUCAAAACUGCUUCUAGUAGUUCCAAUGGCGAGAUCGAGGAAUCAAUAGCAGCGCUUAGGCUUAAUGUAGAAAAGCUAGUAGCGAUUGCUGCAAAGGACGCCCCGCCAUACGCGUUCGAGGAAGCGGCUCCACCGUACAACUCGGCAUUUAGGUCGUCCCUUUUGAAAAGUAACGAAGACGGUGAUAGCACCUGGCCAAUAUUGCUCACGACCAAACCACUGCGAUCUAUGAGGAAGCUCAACAUGAUGUUUCCAAUUCCGUCGGAUCGCAAAACGCCGGACCGAGCUCCUUCGUCCAUGUUGUCCCACUUGCUGGGACACGAAGGAGUUGGAAGUGCCUUUGCCGCAUUGCAAAACAGUGGCCUUCUUAGUUCGUUAUCUUCGGGCGCAAGAACAAGGGCCCCUGAUUUCACUCUCUUUCAAAUUGAUAUGGGACUCACAGAGAAGGGGGAAGAAAAUUGGGAGGAAGUGGCGAAUACAAUCUUUGCAUACUGUCGAAUGCUACAGAAAAAGGCCAACGGGAAAAACAACGAUGGGAACGACGAUCCAGAAGCUGUCAACGAACUCAGGCGUAUAUGGGAAGAGAAUGGCGAGUUACACAGGAUAUUUUUUGACCAGACAUCACCGUCAGGGGCCUACAGCUAUGCUCCGGAUAUUUGCGACAGUGUAGUAUCUUACGGGACGGAAGCUUGUUUGAGUGCCGGAAGGAUGCUUCACGAAACGAAAGCAUCAUUUCCAUUAAAGGACUUCACCGAAUAUACGGAACUGUUGGUUCCCGAGAAUUGCAUAGUUGAACGUUGCAGCGAAGAAGCAUACAAAGAAAUGGAAAUGAAGGAUAAGGGUUUAUUCCCAGACGGCUUCGGUCUGAAAAAGGAACGAUGGUAUGGUGUAGAGUAUUAUUUGGCACAAAUCGAGAAAAACCGCGUCUUAGAAUGGAAAGGCCUAGAUGGACUCUCCGCAAUGAACAAUGGCACAAAUGUAGUUUGCCAAUCAAGUGGGUUGCAUUUGCCAUUACCAAACCGUUAUAUUCCACGCACCCUGGAAUUGUGCCCGGAUUUGCCAGAAGAAGCAAGGAGGGGCCAACGGAUUGACAAACCCAUAGACCCUCCAUCCCUCCUUGUAAACGAAGAAAACUGGAAGCUUUUCCAUCGGCUCGACGACCGAUACGCGCUCCCAAAGUCCAGCCUGCAGCUCUUGAUAAGAAACCUUUCGUUGCAGAACACCAAGAAUGAAAAGGGUGAAUGGAUUCACAAUCCAAAAUCUGUGUUGUUGUCUUCAUUCCUUGCCGCCAUAUUCAACGAGUCAAUGGCGCAAGAGACUUACGAUGCAAGUCUUGCAGGACUGCGCUGGUCCCUAUCGAUCGGGUCGACCGGAAUCAAAUUGAAUUGCUUUGGAUUUUCGGAUCGGCUGCCGGAUCUCGCACUGAGGGUUCUAAGCGACUUUUUGUCUGGCGAAUUCUUGAGGGACGAGAAAUUCUUCGUGGCAAGCAGAGACCGUGUCAUCCGCAGCCUAGGAACGUAUUUCGAGUCACGACGCGCGGAUGCUCACGCCAUGUAUUACCGCGACUCGUUGUUGAGUUCAAAGGAUGAAGGGGUGGCCGAGAAACUCGAAAUAGCAAUUGCAGCCGAAUUCGAAGACGUUGUAAAGCACCACCAAACCGUUCUGCAAGACACCGAACGAUCCGUUCAGUGUCUUUUCAACGGCAACGUUUCUCGGGGAGAGGCCAUGGAAUUUUUUUCAAGCGCGAAAGCAAAGAUCAAAGAGGCUUACGAAGCACGAGCCCAAGAGCCGUUGGAUGACGAGGCCCAAACUCUUAUCGACCCGGGGAUGGUCGAGCGACAACUCCAACAGGGACAGGACAUCGAGCUGCAUUUCAGCAGCCAGAAUGUCGAAGAAGAAAACGGUGCCGUCUUGUGUUCGUAUCAAUCCUCGAUUCCGUCGUUCAAAGGCGAAACAUUGUCCCAUCCGUUGGCACUUCGUUCGAGUUCCACCAUUCGGUUGAUUUGCCACAUGAUGCGGGAACCACUGUUCGAUUCGCUCCGCACCAAGCAGCAGCUUGGCUACAUUGUUAGCUCCUACUACGAAAUCGGAAUGACCAGCCAGUCGAACGAGAACGGCCGGGUGCCUCUGACGACCCCGGUGGACUUUAUCUCGAUCAAUGUUUUGAGCCAGAAAAUGGCACCCCCCGACAUUGCCGAUCGAAUCGAUGAAUUCAUCGAGGACUUCCGUCGGUCCCUGGAGGCAAUGCCCGAGUCCGAGAUCCGCGACCACGCCGAUGCCCUGGCCACGAAACUCCUCAAGCCGACGCAAAAACUCCUGCAGGAGGCUGGCUCGCAGUACUCGCGGAUCCAGCACUACGGCCCCGAGGUCUUUCACCGGCGCAAACAGCAGAGCGUUGCUCCCGGAGCACCGGCAACCGUUGGUGGACACGAGAUUCCCUGGGACACUACCAAAGCGCUGGCCUCGACGAUUCGCGGCCUGGGCCGGGAGGACCUGCUGGAGACCUUCGAUCGGAUGACCCACCCGUCGCGCCGGUCCCGGGUCGUCUCGUGCGUCUACGGAAAAAAGUUUCCCCUGGCCACCGGCGGCGCUUCCGCGGGACCCGGGCGGCGCCCCUCCCCGAUCGCUUCCGUGGUCGGCGCCAUGGUGCCCUUGUGGCGCCCCCGGCCCCGGACGACCCCGAACCCGGCGAUCGUCGUCGGGAGCCUCCAAGAGCUCCUCUCGCUCCGUCGCCGCCUACCCGGCUUCGACCUUGCCGGGCGGGGGCCACCGGUCCGGGCCCGCGGGAGGACCAUGGCGGCGGUCGGCCUGGGAGUGGCCCUCCUCGGGGUGGCGGCGGCGGCCCGCCGCGAACGCCCGCCGACGGCGCCCGGGCGGAAGGAGGCGUCCUAGGAACCACCGCAGCAACGGAAGGGCCCGGGCCAGCCGGCCCUGCCACCACGGCACCCUAACGAUAACCACA